CAGUCUCCAGGCGGCUGUGGGGUCUUGUUUUUCCCUAGCGCGGCUAUGAGCAAGCGGAACCAGGUGUCGUACGUGCGGCCAGCCGAGCCGGCGUUCCUGGCCCGCUUCAAGGAACGGAUCGGCUACGAGGAAGGGCCCACGGUAGAAACCAAGAGAAUCCAGCUUCAGCUCCCAGGUGAAGAUGGUGAUCACAGUGACAAAGAAGAUGAACAGCCCCAAGUGGUGGUUUUAAAAAAGGGAGACCUAUCAGUUGAAGAAGUCAUGAAAAUUAAAACAGAAAUAAAGGCUGCCAAAGCAGAUGAAGAACCAGCUUCAGCUGAUGGAAGAAUUAUGUAUCGAAAACCAGUCAAGCGUUCCUCAGAUGAAAAAUAUUCCGGUUUAAGAGCAAGCUCAAAAAAGAAGAAGACAAAUGAAGAAGAUGAAAUAAAUAAGCAGGAUUCAGUUAAAAAAAACUCACAAAAGCAAAUCAAAAAUAGUAGCCUCCUUUCUUUUGACAAUGAAGAUGAAAAUGAAUAAGUGUAAAUAAAUAUUUUGGACUUAGUCUUCUUUAAGAACAUACGGAGUAUUUUUUUAAAUAACAUCUUUUUUUCCUAUUAUAA